CAGGGCUCCUUCAGUUGGUCGUGUGUCGUGCAGUGACCAGCGUCACCGCCAUUCAACCGAUCCGCUGGCUGGCGACGCCGGAUUGACUCCUGUCAGACAUCGCGACUCUGUACGUCGCGACGCUGGAAAAAGUUGUUGAUUGUGUUCCCGCGUCACAGAACGCGUGGCGCGUCAUCCGGACGUGCGUGCUUAAGAAGCCAGCCCUGCCGGAGGCAGUUCAUUGUUGGCGCCUCCCCGUCGUCACCAUGUCCCCACUGCUGCUGGCGGUCGUGGUGCUGCUGCUGGCCGCCAUGCUGGGCCCCGCCAUGCUGCGUACGGCCCGCCUCUACUGGCGCUGCGCCGCCGUGCCCGGCCCGGCCGUCGGCGUGUUGCGCUUCGCCGGGCCGCUGGACCAGCUCCUGGGCAAGGUGAAGCAGGCCGCGAGGGAGUUCGGCACCGUGGUCCGUGUCUACGCCCCGCCCACCGUCUGCAUCUUCGUCAGCGACCCCGUGGACCUGGAGAUCGUGUUCAGCAGCCCGCACUUGCAGAAGAAGCCCCCGAUCGUGUACGACUCGCUGUCCCCCAUCCUGGGCACGGGGCUGGCCACCCUGAACGGGGAAACGCACCGCCGGCAUCGCAAGGCCAUCAGCCCGUCCCUGCACCUCGACAUCCUCAAGAGCUUCGUGCCCGUCUUCGCCCGCAACGCGUCCACGCUGUGCGCGCAGCUGGACCGCCACACCGGCACGGGGCGCACCUUCAACGCCACGCCGCUGCUGGGCAGCUACUCCGCGCAGUCCAUCUGCCAGACCGUCUUCUCGGCCGGGGACAUCCCUUUGGACCUGAUGGAGGAGCAGGAGCGCUUCUGCGACUGCCUCAUCCGCAGCUCCGAGAUGCUGUUCCACCGCGUGAUGCGGCCCUGGUACAGCGUGGACGCCAUCUUCAAGUUCUCCAGCAAGUACCAGCAAUACCAGGACUGCGUGCGCGGCUCCGAGUCCUUCGUGUCCAAGACGCUGGAGCACAAGAUUCAGCUGCUCGAGAGUGGUGAGUCGCCGACGGACAGCAAGAGGAAGUCCUUCCUGGACCACUUCCUCACCUCGGACGAGGCGCACGUGCUGAGCAAGCGCGACAUCAUCGAGGAGCUCAAGACGCUGAGUGCGGGCGCCGUGGGCACCACCAUGGACCUCCUGUCCUUCUUCCUGCUCUCCCUGUCCAUCUCCCCCGACGUCCAGGACAAGGUGGCCAAGGAGCUUGACGAUGUGUUCGGUGACUCGAACCGGCCCGUGGAGGAGGACGACCUGCCCCACCUCAAGUACCUCGAGUGCGCCCUCAAGGAGACGCUGCGUCUGUUCCCGCCACUCUUCACCUUCUCACGGACCGUGUCGCGCGACGUGAAGCUGCCCUCCGGACCGGUGCUGCCCGAAGGCAGCGUGGUGGCCGUCAUGCCCUACAUCACCCACAGGAACCCCCAGCACUUCCCUGACCCUGAAAAGUUCGACCCGGAUCGCUUCCUGCCGGAGAUGAGCCGAGAACGGCACCCUUUCGCCUUCAUCCCGUUCAGUGCUGGCGUGAGGAACUGCAUCGGCCAGCGCUACGGCAUGAUGUCCGCGAAGGUGGUGGCUUCCACCAUCCUGAGGCAGUUCCGCAUCCUGCCCUGCCCCGACGGCCCCAAGAGGCUGGAGGACUUCAAGAUCAUGGCGGGGGUGACGUUCGGACUGAAGGACGGCGCCAACGUGCGCCUGGAAAGGCGUUGGGUCAAGUCCAACGCGCAGCAGGCUCGUCGAGGGUCAUGUCGUGGCUGAGCCUCAGCUCUUGUCAAUGCAGCUACUUUCUUUCAAGGGGACAACCAUAUGCUGUUUAGUGUGCAUGGUAAAUUAAUAGCCAAAUCCCUCUUGCGAGUAAAUUUUGACCAUCAUGUUUAGUUUUUGACUAAUUUCUACCAUUGAGCGUAGAAAAUGAUCCAAUUUCCUACUGCCUGCCUCUGGGCCUGACAUUUUGUUUGAAUAUCUCACUAUGAUUAUCUGUGUACAUUCUGAAGUAUACGCAUUUACCCUUGGUUCUCUCA